GUCUAUAUGUGCGGUGAUAAUCAAAAGGCUGUCGGGUGUGACGGUUUGAUCUAACAUGGGACAUUGUUGUGUUAUCGUUUCGGUUUAAAGCUAAAUCAGUGACUUCUCUGGAACUGGUGCCGAAAAUUCAGUCGACCUUAACGGAUUUAAUAGUGGGGAUGUUAAAAAGAAACGGAAGAUGGCGCUAAUGAGUCAGUAAACGAUCAAGGUUCCUUUAUAGGUUUAAGAAGAAGAGUUACACACCAGCUCUAUGAAACUCAAUGAAAGGUGUUAUGUAUGUGAAGCAUGGCUCUCGUUCCUUAUGAAGAAAAUCCGCUCCCUGCACUUACCAAACUCCACAAUUCCUCAGCAGAAUUCCGUUUUGCCAACCAGGACCUCCGUCUGGCUCAGGACUGGAGGAAGCUGGGGGUGGCUGCAGUUGUUUGGGAUGCAGCCGUUGUUAUGUGUAUGUAUCUGGAGCUGGGAGCAGUGGAGUUAAAGGGGAUGAAGGCAAUUGAACUGGGAGCUGGGACUGGACUGGUGGGUAUUGUAGCAGCUCUGCUGGGUGCUCAUGUGACCAUCACAGACCGGGAAGCUGCUCUGGAAUUCCUCUCUGCCAACGUCAAUGCCAACCUGCCGCCACAGUCCCGCGACUCUGUGGCGGUCUUGGAACUGACCUGGGGUCAGGGCCUUGAACGUUUCCCAGUAGGAGGAUUUGAUCUGGUUCUGGGAGCAGACAUCAUUUACCUGGAGGAGACAUUUCCAGCUCUGCUGCUGACCCUGGAGCACUUAUGCUCGGACAGCACUGUUGUUUUACUGGCCUGCAAGAUCCGCUACGAGCGGGACACGAACUUCCUGAGCAUGCUCCAGCACCAGUUCGCUGUGGAGGAGGUCCACUAUGACAAAGACAGGGACAUUCAUGUGUACAAGGCAUGCAGACUCCCUAUGAGGAGGGAUUUAUAACACGUUUUUCUAUUCGACCAAACAAGGUUUAAAGGAAAUAAAAAAAAAAAAAACACCAGAAACACGUUUAUUAUCAGCUGCCAAAAAUCUUUUAUAUGCCUCUAACAGAAACGCACUCUUAUACAAGUUGAUGUUGACAUUUAGAAAAUGUGAAAAAAAAAAACAUAAAAAAGCAUACUACUUCAUGACUAUACAUAGUACAAUAUGGCGUUCUGCAUUAUUAAAAUAACAGCUCCGUUCAUUCUC